AGUGGCGCGAAACCCCCGCCACUAUAAUACCUCUCCCUCGCGCCUCACCUCCUCCGCGCCAUUGUUCCCAAGUCCCGCAGAGAGAGAGAGAGAGAGAGAGAGAGAGAGAGAGAAUAGAAGAGGAUGGUGGGGCCGAAGUACGACCUCGUCGGGAACCCGCUGGGCGCGGUGCGCGCCACCUUCGAGAGGGCGGCCGCCGCCGCGGCGGCGGAGUCGGGAGGAGGCGACCCGGUGGCGGCAUUCCGGGGCAAGGACUGGGGCGCUGGCGAGCUCUUCCGCUCCUUCCUAUUCGAACAAGACGGGCUCGAUAAGGUUCCAGUGUUGGACGCAUCAAAACUUGGAUUGAUCAAGCCAAAUACCCUCGUUCGGUACCGGGGAAUGGUUCAGGAUAUGCUUGGGAAUGAGUUCUACAUUGGUGCUUUUAAGGAUGGUUCAACUUGGAGGACAAACAAGUUCACUGAUUUCUCACCGUUCUCAAUGCCACAUCCGUGUGAUUCGCAUCUUUGGGAGCGCCAUCUCUUCCAUUGUGUGCCUGCGCCCGGGCAAAAUGCUUGGACACUGGAGUCUUCCCCAGGACCUGACGUGUGCACGAUGGCAGGUUGCUUGACAACUGAACAAAGAGAGAAAAGGAAGAGAGAUGGAGAUAACGAUGCCAUGGAUGUUUCAGAAAACGGGCCUGGGGAGUGUUCUUCCUUCAGCAAGAAGGCGAAGGAAGAUGAUGUUCGUGCCUCGUCUAGUUCAGCAGAAAUGGCAUUGAGCGUACCAGAGAUGAAUGGAGGAGAUCAUCAUAUUCCUGGAAGCUCCUUUUCAUGUCUAGUGAAGGUUUAUGAUAUGCCUGAGAGUCAAGUUAAACUAAAUGAUGUUGUUGAGUUCAUAGGUGUAUAUACAUUUGAUCCAGAACUUGCUGCACCUAGUGAUAAUUCAGAUGAUAUAAUGUUGGACCUCAUAGAAGACGUAACAGUUCAGCUGCCUCCCAGCAAGGUUCCCCGUCUUCAUUGUUUGGUAUGGCGAAAGUUAUCAUCUCAUGAUUUUAUUUCAAGGCCUCCUGUUGUUGAGCCUUCACCUAGCCUAUUAAAAGGCAUUCGACAAUCUCUGCUCUCACAUUUCACUCAGGUGUUAGGCAACGAUGAACUGGCAGCCCAGUUUUUGCUGUUGCAUCUUUUAUCCAGACUUCGCAAUAGGGUGGAUGUGGUAACCGUCGGCAGGCUCUCCUUGAAUUUCACUGGUUUUAAUAGAGAAGGUGCUUCCAUAUUUGGAAAUCAACUGCAUACUUUGAUCCAGAGAUUGGUGCCGUAUUCACAAACUAUCCCUCUGUCAAUUGAGUAUCUCAACACAGCCACACUUCAACCUAGGAAGGACAACAAGUCAGGAAGGUUGGUCACAGGAGUUCUACAGCUACCUCAAGGCACUCAUCUGACCUUUGAUGAGACUCUUCUGCAGACAGGAUCAUUGACAUCUAAAGGUGUUGAGAAUACUAUGCUGCUCAAGAACUUGAUGGAGUCACAGACGGUUGAGUAUGAUUUCGAGUACUACAAGCUGGAAAUGGCAACUGAUGUGCAGCUACUUACUCUAUCUGAGGGGAAAUCAAACAUCCUUCCUUCUGACUUGAUAGUGCCUUUCCGUCCAUCCUCUGUCCCAGCAGUUUCUGCAGGUUCUGAGGAACUUAAGAGUUGGAGAUGGUAUAUCGCCACAGUUAGGUCUCUUCUGCAGUCCACUGAACCUGAGACUUAUCAGAUGAUUCAAGAUGAAAUGGUCAGCGCCAUGCGCAAUGAUAGGAGCUUGGGUUGUUCUGAACUUAGCAGAUGGCUAACAAUGGCACAAAUAAUGGCUUCAAGCUUUGGUGAGAAGAGUCUUUCUAUGGAGCACUGGCUGAUGGUUAAGGAGCUUGAGAGGCUUAGAAAGGAGAGGUUGCAAUGAGAUGAGGUCACAUUAGCAUGUGUUUUGAAACUCAAUUUUAGCAUAGUGGCACACUGUUAUGUGUAUAGUACGAGGUUGUAAAUCAAGACUUGGAUCUGCAACAACUCCUGUGAUCCUAUGAAUGUUAUGUGAUGUUAUUCUCAAGUUUGUUCUGCGCUUUAGUCUGUUGCUCAAGUGUGAAAUUUACUCUUGCAACUACUGGCAUGUCACUGCCAGAUUUGUGAUAGUAUUUUUGAAAUCAUCGGAACUGGAGUUACUUAAUGGAAA